AUGAAUGAACAAGAAGAGCACCAUACAAUAAAUAUUGGGGGCAGACGAUCCAAGUUGGCCGUAGUGCAAUCCCAUCAAGUACAGAAACUAAUAGAAUCGCAUUUCCCACAAUACAAAUGUCCUGUUUUUUCAUCACAAACCUUGGGGGACCAAAUCCAAUUUAAACCUUUGUAUUCAUUUGGCGGUAAGGCACUUUGGACGAAGGAACUGGAAGACUUAUUGUACGGUGAUGCUAACGAUGAGUCUGUAACUAGACUGGAUUUAAUUGUACAUUCAUUGAAAGAUAUGCCUACUUUGUUACCCGAUGGUUUCGAAUUAGGGGGAAUCACUAAGAGAGUGGAUCCAUCAGAUUGUCUCGUUAUGGCAGCUGGGUCCCCAUAUUCCAUGUUGGAUGACUUGCCUGAGGGGUCCAUUGUAGGAACAUCAUCAGUGAGAAGAUCUGCACAGUUGAAGAGAAAAUUCCCUCAUCUGAAGUUCCAAAGUAUUAGAGGGAACAUUCAUACAAGAUUGGAAAAAUUGGAUGCUCCUGAAAGCGAAUUCAAAUGCAUUAUCCUUGCUGCUGCAGGACUUAUUAGAAUGGGAUUGGAAGACAGAAUAACGCAAACUUUUGAUUCUAGCAUCAUGUAUCAUGCUGUCGGACAAGGUGCGUUAGGACUGGAAAUUAGAAAAAACGAUAAGAAGAUAUUGGGUAUCUUGGACAAAGUUUGCGAUUUGGAGACGACUGUUUGUUGUUUGGCUGAACGACAAUUGAUGAGAACUCUAGAAGGUGGUUGUUCAAUCCCCAUUGGUGUAGAGUCCAAUUACGAUACUUCAACUAAAAAAUUGUUAUUAAAGGCCAUUGUUGUGGACGUGGAUGGUAAGGAAGCAGUGGAAGAUUCCAUUGAACUGACCAUAAAAGAUAUUAAACGUGAUUCUAUGGCAUGUGGGAAAAAAUUAGCUGAAAAUAUGAUUGCUAAUGGUGCUAAGAAAAUUUUAGAUGAAAUUAAUCUGGAUAGAGUUACUCAGUAG